AUAACAGAGACCACUGCUUAACAGCCGCUGUAAGCAACAUAUUUCCCCUCUUCAUAAUUCGCCGCACUUGUAUUUUUCGGAGUUUCGUUGCCCCGCUGCGCAGCUUCGGCUACGUCAACGUCGUGCUGCCGACGGGACACGUUUGCAAUCGGCAGGCAGGCGGCCAGACAGAAAAGCUUUACGCUUUCGUGCAGUCUCGAACGAAUAUCAAUUCGCGACGCACGUGUUUUUUCGUGGACUACACCGCGCGGCAUAUCUGAUGUCCCAGAACAAGCGAGCGAGCGAGAAUCGCGUCGUCGUACUAUUCAUUGUGUAUUGUUGUUGUCGACGUGUGUUUCUGUGGUAAAGGCGGCUUGGCUGUCGUAGUUCUUGGCAAGCAGAUUGCAAAUGCAUUUUUGAUCAGCGGCAAAACGGAAAGUAGUGUGCAAGCAAAUCGUUUCGUUACGAUUCGAUUCGAUUCGAUUUGUGCCAAUUUUUGUGUGGUGUGAAAGUGAAAAGAAACGCAAACGAAAACGACAACGAAAACGUAAAACGUAAAGCGUAACGCAAAAGAGUGUGGCCAGCUGUUGUUGUUGUUAUUGUUGUUGGAAUAUCGCGUAACAGAUAAAAAGCUGUUUUCAAGCAACAAUGUAUAGACAAGCAGAUCUUAACUAAAUUUCCCACCGUUCCAUAUUCACACAAACUUCGUGUCUCGGCUCUUGGGUAAAUCAUGUGAAAGAGCCAAGCCAUUGAGAAGCAUUAAUCUAAUUCAUCAAAUGCCUCUAAUCAAGCUCGACCGAAACAAUAAGGACAAACAAUAAAAGCAGACAAGUGCGGCAAAUGGAAGGCGACGGCACUAGGAAAAUGUCCAUUGAUGGCAAGUGGCAACGACGGCGACGGGGACGGGGACGGGGCAAGUGUGUUCAGCCAUUGCUGGCAGUGGCAGUUGCAAGGCUGCUACUCAUUGCGAUAGGGCUGCCCACAAUGAUAAAUGCAACAACGAUGAAGGCAACUUUAAUUGCAACAGCAGCAGCAGCUGCCACAACGACGACGAGUGCAACGGAACAGCUCGAGGCGAAUGUUGGCCAGCAACAAGAGGAAAGCAUUAAGUCAAUAUCUGGAAGCAUUUUAGACAACGGACUGUUGCCCUCCAUUGCCGCUGUGGAUGAUGUAUAUAUCGCCUCACUGGUCCAUGACCACAACUAUAACAGCAACAGCAACAACAAGAACAAGAAUAACCACAACGUAAACGGUAACCACCAUCUGCACCACAACAAUGUGGCUCAGUUUGACAAUGCACUGGACGAGCUCGAUGAGCAAGUGGACGAGACAACUUAUCCGCCGCCAGUGUUUGACUUUGGCAUGCCCAGGAAUAUAACGGCACGAACCGGACACACGGCAGCCAUCAAUUGUCGCGUUGACAAUUUGCGCGAUAAAUCGGUAUCCUGGAUAAGGAAACGCGAUUUGCACAUUCUGACUGCAGGCAUUCUGACCUACACAUCAGACGAACGCUUUAAGGUCGUACGCACCGCCGACUCCAAGGAUUGGACGUUGCAUGUGAAAUAUGCUCAGCCACGUGACAGCGGCAUCUACGAGUGCCAAGUGAAUACGGAGCCAAAGAUUUCGAUGGCAUUCCGCCUGAAUGUCAUAGUAACACCGCCAGAUGCCAAAGCGAUUAUAGCCGGUCCAUCGGAUUUGUACGUCAAGCAGGGCAGCGUUAUAACGCUCACAUGCCAUGUGAAGCAACCGGCGAGUGCUGUACAGGAUAUUGGACCAAUUUACUGGUAUCGCGGCCCCUACAUUCUAACACCCUUUGUGGCGCAUCCGAAUGAUGCAGCCAUCGAUUUGCAACGCAUCUCUAUGGAAUCAACGCUGGCAGAGAAACUGCAGAGCAGAUUACGGAUUGCUAAUGCACAGCUGUUGGACACCGGCAACUAUACGUGCAUGCCAACCACUGCGGAGGCGGCCAGCGUUGUGGUGAAUGUCAUUAAUGACGAGAGUCCGGCUGCAAUGCAGAAGAGCGGCGCAAAUGGAAGCUGCCUGAAGCGGAGAGGCAGUCUCAACUUUAGCCUUGUGCUGGCAUUGGUCGCCAGCGCUGUGGUGCGAUGGAUGCGUUGGCUUCUUGGCUCCGGCAACUUAUCCUUAGUGCAUAUCAAUUGUGAUGUCAGGCAAUCAAUAAGCAGACCCACACAGCAACAACAACAUCGAGAGCAACAGCGAGAAAAGCAGCAGCAGCAACAACUACAACCAAUGACAUCAUGAUAAUUAAGUGAAACACAUUUCUUGUACAUAAUUACACUGAUAGAUAACGAUAAUUUUAUGUGUAAAAUGGCAUUGCAAAAAGGUGUCAUACUUUAUGACCCUCAAUGAACAGUGACAUUUAGUUUUAAUUUAUGCAUAGCGUACAAUAUAUAUAUACAUAUAUGUAUAAACCACAUAAUAUAUAUACAUGACAUUAUGUAACAAUAACUAUGACAAAAUACGAAAAUACAUUUAACGAUAGGCUGAAACUAUAAUAAAAACAAACACACAAACUACAUUAUAAAUCGCUGCUAUUGAAAAACAACACACACACGAAAAAAAAAAAAAACAAAGUAUACAUAAUAAUUAUAAAUGUAAUUGCAAAUGUGUUAAAUUACUGGUUCACAUUAAUCGAUGUACUAAUUUAAUUUAACACUUUCCCUUUGCACAACGCUUCAGCAAAAAACGAAUGAAAAUGAAUCACAUCACAAUAAAAAACUCAAUUACAAAUGCAAACUAAUCCAUAUAAGCGAUAUUCGUUUAGUCAACGAUCGGAUACCCUUACAGAGAGAGAGAUUAGUCUAACUGUAAUAUCCUAGCUGUAAGCAUUGAAAUAUCCUGACUGUAAGGGUGUUUGUGGAUAGUCGUAAUAAUAAUAAAUUAAUUAAUUAUGUUGUUAAUUUGAGCAGAGCAAUUUGUGCUUCUCAAAAUGCAAAUUCAGCUUGCUCUUCUUGUGUACAUAUACAUUAUAUAUAGUAUCGGAUAUUUAAUUUUAUUUUCAAAAUAUUUUCAUUUUCCUCAAUUAACAAAUUGUAUUUGCAAUUUGCAAAGAAGAGCAAAAUUAUAAACACAUUCAAGUCGAAAGAGUUGAAAGAUCCAGUUUAAAUAAAUGCAAAAUAAACUUUCGUAAAUGUCAGCAAAACUAUAAAUAAAAACGCAAACUAUGUACUUGUAAAAUAAGCAUAAGCAAAUAUUAUAAACAACAUCAAACUGCACACUUACAUACAUAACAUACAUACAACAUUUUCAGAUUUUCAGAAGCCCGGAAGGAAAUUGAACUCAUGUAAUUUAACACACAACAUAUGUAUGGCAAAAAACUUCUCAACGACAACAAAGCGUGAGAAGCAAUAAAAAUUCAUUUGAUUA